AUGGGUGGCUUUCGUUCUGCUCUCACCGUGCUCGGCGGCAUCUUCGCCUCAUACCAAGUCUAUCGGCUACUGUCAUUCAUCCGACUCUACUCACGACCGGGCUCGCUAAGACGAUACAAGACGGACGGAAAGAACGAGGCACCUGCUUGGGCACUUGUAACCGGUGCAACGGACGGAAUCGGUCGAGGCUUUGCAGAAGAGCUGUGUGCCCAGGGCUUCAACGUAGUGAUCCACGGGCGAAACGAGAAGAAGUUGGAUGUUGAACGGAACAAACUGCUGGAUGCCUGGCCUGGGCGUCAAGUCAGGACGUUAAGAAUCGAUGCGGCGACGGCCUUUGAUGAUGAACAGAUUUUUGAUGCGGCGGCAGCAUCGCUCAAUGACAUAAACCUGAAAGUGGUCAUCAACAAUUGCGGCGGUGCUGGUGGAAUGUUGUCCUUCUUGAAGCUGCAAGACCGGACUUCUGAUGAUUGUCGACGUUUCUUAGACAUCAAUGCGCGCUUCCCGACAGAGAUGACUAGAGUGCUGCUCCCACAGCUCUUGCAGCAAUCACCAGCGCUCAUCAUAAACAUCGGGAGUGUGACAUCCGACACCGGCAUACCAUACCUCUCUGUCUAUUCGGGGUGCAAGGCAUACAACAAAGCAUGGUCCGAGUGUCUCUCGAACGAGAUGCGCGCGGAGUCGAAGGAUAUUGAAGCUCUUUGCGUGAGAAUCUCGACAGUUGCGACAGACAACGUUCCGAGGGAGACCUCCUUGUUCGUUCCAAAUGCUAGGCAAAUCGCCCAGUCCAGCUUGAAUAGAGUGGGCUGUGGCAAGAGCGUGGUUUAUGCCUACUGGGCACAUGCAUUACAGGCCGGAAUGCUUGAUGCCAUGCCGAAGUGGCUGCUAAACCGCACGAUGAUUUCGGCAGCGAGGGAGGAAAAGGUCAGAGAGGAGGAAUCGGUGAAGUCCGAUUGA